AACAUGGCGAACCAAAUAGAGCUUUCCGCCAAUAAGUCCAAUAAUAAUACUAUAGCCAUGCAAAAGAGUAUUUCUGAUGCAUUUGAUAUAUUUGACCAUGAAUCCAAUAAAACAGUCGACAUGAGGGAGAUAGGAACAAUAGUACGAUCUUUAAAAUGCUGCCCAACUGAAGGAGAACUACAUGAUAUAUUAGCCGAUGUUGAGGAAGAUGAACCCACAGGAUAUGUCCGUUAUGAAAAAUUUGAACCUAUAAUGAUGAACAUCUUGAUGGAGAAAAAGUACAAACCUUGUUCGGGGGAGGAUAUCAAGAAAGCAUUCAAAGUACUAGAUCAUGAUAACAAAGGCUAUUUAACAACUGAGGAACUUACUAAAUACAUGACAGAAACAGGAGAGCCAUUUACUCAAGAAGAAAUGGAAGAAAUGAUGUCUGCUUCAGUUGACCCUGACCAGGGUGUUGUGCAUUAUAAAGAUUUUAUCUCUUUAAUGGUUGUGGAAGAAUCAUAGAAGACAAACAUUUCCACUCUUUCCACGCUGAACUUUAUAGCUUCAUCGUAUAUUUUCAAUGAAGCACUGCCUUCAGGAUGUUUACUAUAUAAACAUGAGAUACGAUGGAUUUUUAUAAAUGACAUUUGGAAAGGCUGGUAAAUAUGAUUGUUAGCAAAAGACUGUUAACGUUAAAAAAGACUUGAUUGAGUUUAUAAAACUUUGAAUAAUCUUUAAAUAAUCUCAAUUGUAAAGAAUGAUGACAAGAAGAUUGUACAUAGUUGAAAUCAUCCGAAUUUCCUGUGUCUCUACAUCUGCUUAUGUGAGAAUAGAGAAACAAUACUCAACAUAGCGGGACGUUCGUCUCCAUUCAUUAGAAAGACACUCAAGUGUCCAGAAAAUCUUCUAUGUCGAUGGCAGUUUUUAAAUCACAUAAAAACGUCUACAAAAUGAAAGGAAAGGAGGAGAGUCGAUGUCGAAGCAAGAAAGAUGAACCUAAUUUGGAUCUGGGGAGAAAGACAGCCUUGCAUGAACGUGAUAAUUGUGUACAAGUUUAAAUAGAAUGACUUAAACCCUAUAGUUUAAUCAAGAAAAUGGUAUUUUAUACCUUUUCAUUUGGUUUUUUGUCAAAACGUUUCCGCAGCCCACAGGUGAUUUGUAAAACUCAAAAAUCUCACAGUUCUCUUUGCAGACUUUGCUUGUUAAAUGAAAUUGAAACGUGAAACAAAACAUCCGUUUUUCGUAA